UCAGCCGGUCAUCCUGAAUCAGUUGCGUUCGAGUGCGAUUAUUGGUUAAAUUUGGAACUUAAAACACAUCACAAUGGAUGAAUCAGAGAUUUUUAGAAAAAGACCCGGCACGACCGACAAGGGCAAGGACUACGAAACCAUGGUGAUCGCCAGCGUGGUCCUACACCUACUCACCAACGACAAAAUCAAAAACUUCCAAAUAUCGUCCAACGACAACGACUUCGACGACUUCGACGACGUAGUAAUCAAGCUCGAAUCGGACGCCGGGAUCGCAAUAAAAGCACUACAAUUGAAACACAGCGGUCGAAAAACGCUAUCCCCUGAAAACCUAAAAUCGAAAAAGGGGGACUUCAGCAUCCAGAAAUACUUCGAGUCUUUCAAAAAAAUCAAAAACGCUGCAGACGAGUUUAUACUUUUCACCAACCGGAAUUUUGACUUUGAAAACAAGGCAGGGUUUCAGCUUGAGGGAGAAGAGUUUUAUGUUAGACCGGCUAAAAUCGAGGUUCCAAACAACGGUUUGGGAAUUUCGAAGAACGUGAAUUAUGUCUACAAGUUCGAAAUUUUGGAAAACGAACAGACGUCUCAGAGCGUAGAUAAAAUUUGCGAUUAUCGACUAUUUUUUGAUAGACUUUAUCUCUACACCAAUCAAGACAAUUUUCACGCUCUUAAGCGAUCAACGUGCCAGCGAUUCAAAUCGACGUAUUCUUCGGACGAGGAGACGUUCCAUAGAUUCGUUAAAGUGAUCUGUGAGUGGAAUUUGGAAGAAGGAAAGAAAGAAAAAGUGGGCAAGAAAUGGGUUCAACUUAUGAUUGCGUUGCAGCUUCUUUCGUCCCACAUUGAACCUGUGUGUGUUGGUUCUGUUAAUGACAAAAUGAAGAUACUUCGGGAAGCUAUUUCUAGGUUUGGUAGCACCCGGUUUGGAAAAAAAUCGGCCCGAAUUGUCACACAGUUGUGGGGGGAUGUACCAAACGAAGACGUCGAUUUAACCCAAUUAAACAAAAUAAGAAAGUUAUAUCAACUAGGUAACGACUACAUUGACGUUGGUGAUAUUCACAACCUAGACCCAAAAUUGUUAGCCCAGUUGUUCUGGUUGAUGAAUAAAUCUCCAUUGAUAAUAAACGAAAGUGGAAAUGUCGAUCAAGCAUUGCACCUUUGUACCAACAAAAAGAUAAUUUUGCUUGGUGAGGGUCCAAGACAAGAGUUUCAAAACUUAUCAGACUUAAAAAAUAAAGUAGAGUCCUACGAAAAAGUAAUGCACAAUUUCACUAUAUCUCUACAAGGGAAAAAAGAACUCAAUCUAGUGACAGUGUUUGGAAGAAACGACGACUUUUUAGAAAAGGUGACAACAGACGACUUGAUAGAAAUGACAAACGGCCCACUUUAUAUAGACGGAAAAAAAGAAUCGCUGUCCGAAUCAUACAUCGACCGCUACCUAUCCAGAAACAUCAUCGACAUCAAAUACAUCGAAACCGUUGAUGAAAGCACUAUCAUUAUUCUGAACUGUGAAGACAAUUUUGAUAAAGUAAAAAGCAAGUUUAAUAACUGGACACUAAUUAGAAUCUUUGAUCAUGAAGAUAUUUUUGAAAAAUCAGACGUUGGUAAUAAAGUUUACCUAACUAGUAACAACCAUAGUCACCACCAGUUUCAAAAAAUCUACAACGAAAACACGAACUGCAGAAAUUUUCACUAUUUCAAAAUUUCGGGCGACGGAAAUUUGGAGUGGGUUUUGAGCAAAGGUGACGUGAGCGAUUUGAGAAGGUUCAAACUAUCCAACUAUUUUGCAAACGAAAACACCCUUUGGAGUGCGAAGCCAGAAAACCCGAUAAAUCUUAUUACCGGUGAUCCAGGAAUGGGUAAAUCCGAGCUGAUGAAAAGCCUGAAAAAUAAAAGUUUGCCGAAAUACUGGACCGUAAUCAUCCACCCCAAAGACGUCAAUUUAUUCUUCACGACGUCAACCACCUUGUUUGAAAAAUUCAUCGUCGACGAAAAAUCCGGCUCAGUCAGAACGCUGGACCAAGACAUUUUCAAAAUGUGUCUGAAACAGAAAACCAUUAUUUUUGUGUGGGACGCUCUGGAUGAAGUGUUCAGCGAAUAUUUGGACACCGUUUCAACAAUAAUCCUCCGGUUGUCAAAAAACGGGUUCAUCCAGUGGGUUACUAGUCGAAGACACCUCACCACGUAUUUGGAAAAACAAUUCAGUGUACUUUCACUUAGUAUAAGCAAGUUCGACCACCACGAACAACAACACUACAUUGAACACCGUCUUGCACCUUUCGUCUCUCACGAAGAAAUCCAGACAACCUCUGAGAAAAUUAAGUCAACUUUCGAGGUCAUCAAACACGUGGACAUCUUAGGCAUACCAUUACAAAUCUUCAUGUUGACGGAACUCUUCCGUCGAGACAAAAACAAGUACCUAAAGCUGUUAAACAACACGUUUCUGUUGACCGACCUCUACCACUAUUUCAUCCAAGAAACGUUUAAUAUUUUUUACGAAAACAAAAUGGGUUUUGAUCUUCGAAAUCCGUACUUGAUGAGCAGAAUUCGUAACGAACAGGAAAAAACCUUGAAGUACUACGAGAAGCUAGCUUUUAGGUUAAUCUUUCCUGGGUUUAUUCUACAGAGGUUGAAUAUUGAUUGUAAGAAGUUGGUUGGCAAAAUUUCCAAAAAUUUUGCGUCUGUUGGGCUUAUCACCGAAAUCCAGAAUAACGUGCCACGGUUUCUGCACGUGUCGUUUGCGGAGUACUUGGUGGCGUCUUAUUUUUCGAAGAACGUUGAAGAUAUACCCAGGGAUGUAUUUUUUUUUCAGAGGUACAACAACGUGCGUUUUUUCUUUGACAUGUUGUUGGCGAAAGAAUCACCAGCUCACGUUGCAGUGUUGUACAGAAAUUUUGACUUACUCAAAACGUAUAGUGACGACAUUCUAUGUGUUAAAGAUGCUGGUGGAAGAAGUGCGUUUCAUUUGAUUUGUUCCUGGGGACAAAGACAUCCACGUGUCAAAGUAACACAAGACAAUGGAAGGUACAUCCUUGACGAAAAUAGCAGCUUUAACGGGAAAUCAGAGGUGGAAGAAUAUUUAGACGCGUUAAUUUUUUUGCAAACUGAAGACAACACUUCAGAGUACGACCUGCUACUAGAAAUGACGCCACUAUCAUACGCCCGAAAGAGUGAAAGCUUGGGGGCAGAACUCAAACUCCUAGACAACCAAACGUCAAAACUGUGUCACCACUACCACAGAAUCAACGUUUUAUAUUAUUCCGCUCUACUUGGCUACGACCUAACCCAUUUACCCAUUUUCCAAAACCUGGACCCUUCCGAAACCAACUUUGCUACCAGAGACGAUGGUAACACCCCCCUGUUACUAGCUUGUCAACGCGGCCACACAAAAACCGUCCAACACCUACUAAAAUCCGGAGCUGUUAUCAACCUCCCCAACAACCACGGCUUCACCCCUCUCUACGUAGCCUCUCUCAACGGCCACCAAACAAUCGUUAACCACUUAGUACAAGCAGGAGCAGGAAUUAACUGCCCUGACAACGCCGGCUAUACACCACUACAAGUAGCGUCCCAGCACGGUCACGAAGCAACCGUGAGGUACUUAGUAACCUCAGGGGCUGACAUCAACCUCGCCGAAAAAGACGGGCGAACGCCCCUCUAUCUGGCGGCUAGGAACAGCCACGAAGACAUUUUGAGGUACUUGGUGGAUUGUGGGGCCACAACUAACUGCGCCAACUGUGAUGGUGUCACGCCACUUUAUUUGGUUUCGAGGAACGGGUACGAGAAGAGUGUUGAGUGGUUGGUAGGAGCAGGGGCUGAGGUUAAUCGAGCGCGACAAGAUGGUGUGACGCCGCUUUUUGUGGCUUGCUGCAAUGGUCAUGAGAAAAUUGUGGAGUUUUUGGUGGGGGCUGGGGCUGAUGUUAAUUUGGCGAAUGGGGAGGGGGUGACGCCGCUGGGGGUUGCUGCGGGGAAGGGGCAUGGGAGAAUUGUGGAGUACUUGGUGGGGGUUGGGGCCAAAUUUGAUUCUUCAGUGACGUGA